UUGCACUCAGUUACACCAAAGCUCUAACCAUGCAGCAACUCAACUCAACCAACAGCUCGUUCAACGCUCCUGUCUCAGCUGAAAACAUGAUUGCCAGUAGUGUUCUGGCAGUUUUCGUCAUACUGGGAGUCCCUGGUAAUAUUGCUGUAAUGGUGCGUCUUGCUGGAUGGCUGAAGAGAGGAAGCUUCACCCCUAGACUGAUGCUAAGCCUGGCUGUAUCAGAUCUACUCACUCUGAUUUCUCUGCCAGUUUGGAUUUGGGCUCUUCUGCGUGGCUGGAUCUUUGGCUUGGUCCUGUGUAAGCUUCUCUCCUAUGUGGUGUACUUAAACCUCUACUGCAGCAUACUGUGUGUGAUGUUGAUGAGCAUGCAGCGAUACAUGCAAGUGCUGCAUCCUGAGAAAUGGAACAAGCUUGGCAUAAAAGAAAAGAAGAUCCUUUUGAUUGGUAUGUGGAUGUUAAGUGCAGUUUUAUCGUGCUAUGCUCUCGUACAGCGCACUCUGUACCUGGACAGGGAGCAAGGACUUCAGUGCAAGCUCAAAUAUCGGCAUGAUGCCGAAAGAGUGGCUACUUUAAUCUGGGAGAUCAUAAUGUUUGUGGUUUCAUUCACCAUAGUAGCUUAUUUCUACUUUCACCUUUACCGGGGAGUUAAUAACUCAGCUUUCUUCAGCAGUAACACAUUGACAAAGAUGGUGACCAGAAUUGUGGUUUGUUUCUUCAUUUUUUGGAUCCCGAUUGAAAUCUCCAACCUUGUGAUCAUUAUUGCUGUGUUGCUUGGGAAUGACAGUCUGUUACAAUCUGCAGAAUCUGUAGACAGGGUCACUACAGCUUUGAUUUUUAUUAACAGUUGUGUUGACCCCUUCCUGUACGUUUUCUCUGCUCGCACUCUACAACAGCAAACAGCUGAAACAGAUGCUGCUUAGUUCCUUGAUGAUAUAGAGGUCAGAGAGAUUUGAUGCACUUUUCUGACAGCCUAUCAAAAACAUUGCAUUUUAAGGCACACCAUGUAAAGUUAUACAAAUAAUUUUGCUUAUUCUUGCAGCCUGUAUUCAUGUUUUUUUUUUUUGCACCUUCUAAUUCCUUUUUAUUACACCUUCUAAUAUUUUUUGCAGAUUGAUUUAAUCAAUUCACAGUGAAGUUGUAUUACUUUUCAAACUUUUAAUCUACCUACUUCAACUGUGUAAUGCUAAAACAAAAUGGCUUGAAACAAAGGAGUAAGUCUUAAAUUGGAAAGUGAAGAAUGUUAAUCAAAAAUAUAUUAAUCAAAAUUAGCAACAAUAAUUAAGUAUACAGUUUUGUGUUGUUUGAUUUUUUGUGUUUGUGCUUUACUUUGCUGAUUUAUAUAUAGUUUUGGUUGAAACAGAAAAGCUUUUUUUUUUACCUUAAAUGCUUACACCUCAAGCUAUAAACCACAAAGUUUCAUGAUGACAAAAUGAGUGCAACUUGCAACUUGUCAUAACUUGUUCUAACAUGUUUGCUUUACCAGUCCAUGUGCUGCAUGUGUACCAGUACCAGCACUGACACCACCCACACACAUACACACCCACCCACACACACACACACACACACACACACGCACACUCACACACACACACACACACACA